AUGGAGAAAACUCAGAUGAAAUAUGUUCGUCUGGGCAAGUCUGGAUUGAAAAUUUCACGUAUCAUCCUAGGAUGCAUGAGUUAUGGCAAAAAAUCAAGGGCUGACUGGAUCAAGGAGGCCUAUCGACUUGGUAUCAACACAUUCGACACGGCCAAUAUCCACAGUCUUGGAGAAUCGGAGAGGAUCUUGGGCAAGUCAGUCAAAGGAAUUGGGGCCCCUCGAUCGUCAUUCGUGAUCUUCACCAAGGUCUAUGGCAAUAUCCCUCCAGAGGACGCGCCCAAGGAAGCAAACGACAACCCUGAAGAGUAUGGCUAUGUCAACUACCGUGGUCUCUCCAGAAAGCACAUCUUUGAAUCAAUCAAGGCGAGCUUGGAGCGACUUCAGAUGGACUAUGUCGACGUGCUUCAGUGCCAUCGGUUUGAUCCAGAUGCACCCAUCGAAGAGACGAUGCGUGCGCUUCAUGAUGUCGUUCAGGCAGGAUAUGCGCGACCGCGCAAGGACCGACACGCGACGUACCGUGCGAAGAACGAUAAGUGGACUUAUCUCGUUCAGAAUGACGAAGGUCCAAAUAUGGUCAUUGUCGAUCGCGUCGAAGAGAUUGCAAACAAGCGAAGCAUCACCAUGACCCAGCUCUCUCUCGCUUGGCUGCUUACCAAGGACCCAGUGGCUGCUCCGAUUGUCGGCACUACAAACCUCUCGCAUUUGGAGGAUAUGAUCAAAGCAGUCAACGUCAAACUGGACGACGAAGAGAUCAAUUAUUUGAAAGAGAAAUAUACACCAAAGGCCAAGGGCAAAAAAUCAUGGGCUGACUGGGUGCUCGAGGAAGAGGAGGGGAUCAGGCAGAUCAAGGAGGCCUAUCGACUUGGUAUCAACACAUUCGACACGGCCAAUGUUUACAGCCUAGGAGAAUCAGAAAGAAUAUUGGGUAAAGCCAUCAAGGAAAUUGGUGCCCCACGAUCGUCGUUUGUAGUCCUUACCAAGGUCUACUUCUGCGUCCCCCCAGAGGAUGCUCCCUAUGAUGCGCGCAACGAUCCAGAAGACUUUGGCUAUGUCAACUACCGUGGCCUCUCCAGAAAGCACAUCUUUGAAUCAAUCAAGGCGAGCUUGGAGCGACUCCAGAUGGACUAUGUCGACGUGCUUCAGUGCCAUCGCUUCGACCCAGAUACCCCCAUCGAAGAGACGAUGCGUGCACUUCAUGACGUUGUACAAGCAGGGUACGUGCGGUAUAUUGGGAUGAGCUCCUGCUACGCAUGGCAAUUCCACAUGAUGCAAAAUUAUGCCAUAAACAAUAACCUCACUCCUUUCAUCUCUAUGCAAAACUAUCAUUCCCUUCUGUAUCGUCAAGAGGAGGACGAGAUGUUACCCACUUGCCGCCUGUUCGGUGUCGGCACAAUCCCUUGGUCUCCUCUCUCCCGUGGAGUUCUCAGUAGGCCGCGUAAAGACCGAAACGCAACUCAUCGUGCCAAAAACGAUCGAUGGUUCUCUACGCUUCAGAAGGAAGAAGAUCCAAACAUGGUUAUUGUCGAUCGGGUCGAGGAGAUUGCAAACAAGCGAGGCAUCACCAUGACCCAGGAUCCAGUGGCUGCUCCGAUUGUCGGUACCACAAACCUCUCUCAUUUGGAGGAUAUGAUCAAAGCAGUUAAUGUCAAACUGGAUGACGAAGAAAUCAAGUAUUUAGAAGAGAAAUAUGCACCAAAGGCCAAAGUCGGGUUUUGA